UCCAGCGAUAAUGGGAAAGAUCAUUUUCUUUGAAGAAAAAAACUUUGGUGGUUGCUACUAUGACUGCAGCAGUGACUGCACAGACCUGCAGUCUCAUUUCCGCCGAUGCAACUCUAUCAAGGUGGAGAGCGGCUGCUUCAUGAUAUAUGAAGGUGCCAAUUACACGGGCCACCAGUACUUUGUGAGCCCAGGACAAUACCCAGAGUUUCAGAAGUGGAUGGCCACUAACGACUGUAUAUGUUCCUGUCGUGUGAUUCCUCAGUUGAACGACUCCUUCAAACUCUCCAUCUAUGAGAGACUUGAGUUUGGUGGUCAGAUGAUGGAUCUCACAGACAGUUGCCCGAAUGUCUUGGACAGCUUCCGCACCAAUGACAUUUUCUCCUGCAAGGUGAAGGAAGGCAACUGGCUUUUUUACGACCAGCCCAACUACAAGGGCAGGAUUUAUCUGUUGAUGCCUAGAGAAUACUCAAGAUUCAGUGAAUGGGGAGGAGUUACUGCUCGAGUGGGCUCCAUCAAGCGCAUUGUGGAAUACUGA